AUGCGAGGAAGUAGAGUUCCCCAACAGAUAUUUAAAAAUGGGGAAGCGUUAACGGAUGACCAAUGUGCUAAAGAUUUCGCUGAUUAUUUUUAUUCUAUUUAUAGUGCGGAGCGGGCCGAGUUAAAUGUGAGCGCAGCUAUAUCACAAGCGGGCAGCGACAAUAGCUCGGCUCGCGUUCACAUUGACCAAUUGCAACUGAAUGACGUCAUUCGCGCCCUCCAACAACUUAAAGCUAAAAGAUCCACAGGACCAGACUGCAUUCCGCCUUAUAUAUUUAAGGAUUGUCGGUCGGUUUUAGCGCAGCCGCUUUUGGAUAUUUAUAAUAAGUGCCUAAAGGCGGCAGUGUUUCCGGAGCGAUGGAAAGUAACCCGCGUGGUGCCCGUGCCGAAGGGAAGUCUGGGGGCACAAGUGGAUGGAUACAGGCCGGUUGCAGUACUAUCGACUCCGGCAAAGGUGUUUGAAGCUGCAAUCCACACAAGCAUAUUUCAUCAGGUAAGUGCACAACUUGCCGAUGCCCAACAUGGUUUUCGGCCAGCGAGAAGCACCACUAGUAACCUUCUCAGCUACAUGGCUCAUAUUGUGCCAACAGUGGACAGUGGGGGACAGAUUGAUUCGGCUUACUUUGAUUUUAAAAAGGCAUUUGAUCUGGUAAACAAUGACGUCCUGCUUAAAAAGUUAGCCGUGGUUGGGUUUACCCCCCACUUGCUUAGUUUUUUUGCCAGCUAUAUGAGCGAUCGGCAGCAGUAUGUAGAAUACGCGGGACAAGUCUCAGAACCAUAUUUUACGCGAUCUGGCGUGAGUCAGGGCAGUAAUCUCGGACCACUAUUGUUUAUAAUUAUGAUAAAUGACUUGACAAGAGUGGUUCAAGACGCUAGAUGCUUACUGUUUGCUGAUGACCUCAAGCUCUCUUUUGCUGUAAAAAGCGUGGAUGACUGUAAAAGGUUGCAAAGGGACAUAGACAGGGUAGUGGAUUGGAGUAGAGAUAACCUCCUACAAUUUAACACCUCAAAAUGCGUGAUAAUUAGUUUCUCUCGCGCACGCAGCCCUGUGGUACAUAAUUAUAAUAUAGACGGAACGCCGCUCACACGGGUCACAGAAGUUAGGGACCUAGGGGUAAAUUUUACCACUGCGCUAACGUUUCGCAAUCACAUCACCAAAAUUUGUAAGAAAGCAUACAGGAACUUAGGUUUUAUCCUUCGCACGGUUCAACAGUUCACAAAUAUUAGCGCGGUUAUUGCCCUGUAUAAUGCUCUGGUCCGAAGUCAGCUGGAAUGUAACGCAGUUAUCUGGGCUCCUCAUGAAUCUAAAUAUAGGCUCAUGGUGGAGCGGGUACAUAACAAAUUUUUGAGAUAUCUAUAUUUGCGUCGGUAUGGUGUAUACCCACUCUACCCAUUAAUGUACCCAACUUUAUUUAUAGUGGGAAUGGUGGGAUACAACACUCUGAGUGCUAGAAGGGAACUCGCACUCACCACAUAUAUCAUCAAAAUAAUUAGGGGGAAAGUACAUAAUGCUGACCUAUUGGGACAGGUGUAUUUUUGUGUGCCAGACGGGUAUGUGUGGCGACGGCGACAACCGAGAUUGCUGGCGGAGCCGCGCGCCCGUACCAAUCUGCUAAGCCAGGCGCCACUGACGCGCGCACUUCGCACAUUAAACCUAAUAGCCAGCGAGAUAGACAUAUUCUGUUGUGCUCUGAGUGAAUUCACAAGAGUAGCGUUGAAUGUUAUUUGCUAUAACAUGGACUUGUAA